AUGGCCAAGAGACGAUCUUCUCGAUAUUCAAACAUUAAUAACGGUUUAAGAUAUGUUCGUGUGACUCGUAGUCUUGCUAGAAAUAAGUCAGAGAAAUUGGUAGAACUGAGUAGAGAAGGAGUUGAAGUUGUUCAAAAAGAAAACGACGUUGACGAUCAAAAUUCUCAAAAUGAUGAAGAAGAUGAAUCUAAAGGAAAAGAGGUUGAUUGUGAUGUUCAAGAAAUUCGUUUUAUUAUUGAUAACGAAGAUUUGUCGGAUACUGGAGAGGAUUCGCUUUCUGAAAAACAAUAA